UAAGCAGUUCUCUGCCUUCUCUCCGUUUAUAUAAUUCUGUGCGCCACCAACGUCGGGGUCUUUGGGGUUUUUUUAAAAGUCGAUGAAUGAUUAACAAUGAAGCACUGAUAAUCGUCAGAGCAAGAAGGCUGUCUUCAGACUCCAUGAUUCGUAAGUAUAUCGACUUAAGUAGAGUGAUGUGGCCAAAGAAAAGAACACGUGUGACGAGGGCCAGUUACGAAAUGCGGGAACAGAUGUUCUCGAAUGAUUCGUAGUCAAUGCGCGUACCGCGCGCGCCACACGUACAAGGCAGCAGGGAACAUGCAAUGUAAGGCAGAAUAUUACAUUACAUGUUGCAUUGCACCAAUCUGUACCCACCUUUACAACGACACAGCGUCUUCGCCGGCGAAGACGAGGUCCCCGAUUUCUUCCUCAUACAUACGUAACGAUUUAUCGUAGCGAUAAAUCUGUGCAGACCAGUUUGCGCAGUUUUGUCGAUCGUGUGUAUGAAAAAUCGUUGUCGAUAAUCGUUCGUCGGUGGCAGUUGCAAUUUCUAUCAGAUAAAUCGUUGUCGAUUACAUUUGCACAGUUUUAUCGUUGCGUGUGGACGGCGAUCGCUCAGUUCGGCAGUACUUCACGGAGCUUGCUAGUGUGCGCACGUGCACAUCGCUUUCACAGAAACAUGUCGGAAGACGAAAGAGUUGGACAGCGCGAACUACUUCAAGAUUUUAUAGAAAGCUACAGAAACGAAACUUGCCUUUGGAAGACUACAAGUAAGGAUUACCACGACCGCAACAAAAAAAAUGCCGCCUACGACAGGCUAAUCGAAAAAUACAAACCCAUAGAUCCAAAUGCCACCAGGGAUACAGUGGUUAAGAAGAUUAAUAAUCUUCGAACUACAUAUAAAAAAGAGCUCAAUAAAAUAAAAAAAUCGUGUAAAUCUGGAGCAGGGACUGACGAGAUUUAUAAACCUCGUUUAUGGUACUUUGAGUUAUUGAGUUUUUUAUACGAUCAAGAAGUACCAAGACCAUCUACAUCGAAUAUUGAUGAUGACGAAAAUGAGACGCAGUCAACCACCGGCAUUAGCUCAACGAGCUACGAUUGUCCAGACACCGAUCGAGACACACCAACACUGGCCUAUUCCGACAACGAAUCAGACACACCGACCCCGGCAAACCGUUCUGACAGCGAACGAGCUACAUCAAUCUCGGGUCGUGUUCGGCCAAGACCAAAAAAAAAUACAUUAACUGAAGACGUACUUAAGUCCGUAAAUGAUCAUUUUAAAAGGCCUAAACAACCCGAUAAUCGUUUUGAAGUUUUUGGCAAAAAUGUUGGGAUGAAACUACAAGAGUUACCAAAAGAACAGAGAAUUAUAGCAGAAAAAAUAAUUAAUGAAACUCUGUUCUUGGCUGAAAUGGGUAGCUUAACUAUAUCACACACUGUAAGAAAAUAUGAUGACUUUGCAAAUACUACUUUUUCCACACAGCCACACAUUCAAAACUUUUCCUCUGAGCCACACAUACAAAACCUUUCCACUCAGCCACAAAUUCAAAACCUUUCCACUGAGUCACACACUCAGUCACACACUCAAGUCAUUUACACUCAACCACACACUCAAAAUCUUUUCACUCAACCACACACUCAAAUCAUUUACACUCAACCACACACUCAAUCAUCAAUAGAAUUUACAUCACCAUUAGAGCCAGACCAUACACAAUCUGAUAAUACAAUUACUUCCUAUUUACGUAAUGUUAAUGAUUAAUAAAAAAGUACUUAACUUAUUCGUAAAAUGUUCUUCAAUACGUCCUAAAAGCUUAAUUAAUAAAUAAUUUGUU